GCGCAGUCUCCCGGCGGCGGGAAGGGGACGCACCCGGCCGGGGGCUGGGGUGGGACCCGGUGGGCGCCAUGGAGCUGCUGUCGGCGCUGAGCCUGGGCGAGCUGGCGCUCAGCUUCUCCCGCGUGCCGCUAUUCCCCGUCUUCGACCUCAGCUACUUCAUCGUCUCCAUCCUCUACCUCAAGUAUGAGCCAGGAGCAGUCGAGCUGUCCCGGCACCACCCCAUGGCAUCCUGGCUGUGCGCCAUGCUGCACUGCUUCGGAAGUUACAUCUUGGCUGAUCUGCUCCUCGGGGAGCCCCUAAUCGACUCCUUUGGCAACAACUCCAGCAUCCUACUGGCCUCAGCUGUCUGGUACUUGGUUUUCUUCUGCCCCCUGGACCUCUUUUACAAGUGUGUCUGCUUCCUGCCGGUAAAACUCAUCUUUGUGGCCAUGAAGGAGGUGGUGAGGGUCCGCAAGAUUGCCGUGGGCAUCCAUCACGCGCAUCACCACUACCACCAUGGGUGGUUCGUCAUGAUUGCCACUGGCUGGGUCAAAGGCUCUGGUGUUGCCCUCAUGUCCAACUUUGAACAGCUGCUCCGAGGGGUCUGGAAGCCGGAGACCAACCAGAUCCUGCACAUGUCCUUCCCCACCAAGGCCAGCCUGUAUGGAGCCGUACUCUUCACCCUGCAGCAGACCCGCUGGCUCCCGGUGUCCAAAGCCAGCCUCAUCUUCAUCUUCACCUUGUUCAUGGUCUCCUGUAAGGUGCUCCUGACAGCCACUCACUCCCACAGCUCCCCCUUUGAUGUUCUGGAGGGCUAUGUCUGCCCUGUGCUGUUUGGGAUGACCUGGGGGGGCGACCAUCACCAUGACAACCACGGAGGAUCCCUCAGCUCGGCCCUGCCCGCCAAGUCCAAAGAGGAGCUGAGCGAGGGCUCCAAGAAGAAGAAGACCAAGAAGACGGAUUAGGAGGUGGCCUGGGGGGGCCCACAGGGCGCCGGAGAGAGGACCUGGACCCAGGACCUUCAGAGCUGGAAUGGGAGUAUCCUGGGCUCAACUCUCCCCUCUCUGGGCCUCGACUUCCCUGUCUGCAAACUGGGCCAUCACCCCACCCUCCAGGGCUGAUGUGGGCGGUUACGUGAGAUACGGGGGUGCAGGGUGUUUGUAGGAAUGGGAGAGUUCUUCUCUUUCCUGGGUGGGCCCCCGUAGUGUCACAGCUUUUCAGGGGGGCCCACAGAAACCCAGCAGCUCCAGCCAGAAACCCUGGCAUUUAUAUCUUGGUUAUAUUAUUUCCUCUCUGAAAUUACGUCUUGACUCUGAAAGAAUUUCAAGCCACGUGGAGACUCAUUCAUUUGACAGACAUUUCCUAAGUGUCUGCCCUCCUCUAUACACAAGGGCUA